CAGAGCAGCCAGCUCCUGGGCGGAGGUCACUCUGCUGGCACCCUGCCUUGGUUUCCCCACUUUCGGGGCUCCCUCACUCACUCAAGCUACCCAACAAACUCUUCUCUGGUUCAGCUACUGCCCUGCUCCCCAGGCGGGUUUUUUAAAAGAACAAAACCAUUUCCUAAAACAAAGUUUCUUAAAAUCCCCAUCAAGUCUGCACUCCCCAUCUUUCCUGUGAUGACGGGGGUGGAGGGGUGUCACCCAGGCUGUCCCUGCCUGCAGCCUCUUUCUGAAGACUCAGGACUCCCUACGGGGAGCCUACUCACUACCCACCUCACCCUAGUUCUCUCUCCCUGGGCUGCCCCCUCCGUGCAGUUCCCUGCUGUUCUUUAUCAGGGAACCAGCCCCUCCCGACUCAGCUGGUUCUACUGAUUAAUCGCCACACCCCAUCCCAGGUGUGACAGGCAGGGCUAAUUAGAUGGGUCAUACAGGCCUGGUCCAGCUCUUAAAAGGCCAGGCUGCCCCAGCACAGUGCAGAAGAAUCCAAUGCCUUCAGGGUUCCUGGGCAGAGAAGUGGAAAGCCCAGAGCGGGCGGAGGCAGGCAGCCAUGACAGUCUCCUACACGCUGAAGGUGGCCAAUGCCCAGUUCGGGGGCUUCUCCAAGCUGCUCUUCAGGUGGAAGGGGAGCAUCUACAAACUGCUCUACAAGGAGUUCCUUGUCUUUGUCAUGCUGUACGCGAUGCUGAGCAUCACUUACCGGCGGCUGCUGACUGAAGAGCAGAAGCGGGUCUAUGUGAAAGUGGCUCAGUACUGCAACCGCUCCACGGACCUCAUCCCCAUGUCCUUCGUCCUGGGUUUUUACGUCACGCUGAUCGUGAACCGGUGGUGGGCUCAGUACACCAGCAUCCCGCUGCCUGACCAGCUGAUGUGCGUCAUCUCCAGCACCGUCCACGGGAAGGAUGAAAAGGGGAGGAUCCUGCGGCGCUCGCUCAUCCGUUACGCCAACUUAUCCUCCGUGCUCAUCCUGCGCUCUGUCAGCACCAGGGUGCUCAAGAGGUUUCCAACCAUGGACCAUUUGGUAGAAGCAGGCUUCAUGACACAGGAAGAGCGCAAGAAGUUUGAGAGCCUCCACUCGGACUUUAACAAGUACUGGAUCCCCUGCGUGUGGUUCACCAACCUGGCUGCCCAGGCGAGGCGAGACGGGCGGGUCAGGGACGACGUGGCCCUCCGCUUACUCAUAGAUGAGCUGAAUCUGUACCGUGCCAAAUGCAGCAUGUUGUUCCACUACGACUGGAUCAGCAUCCCACUGGUGUACACACAGGUAGUCACAAUCGCUGUCUAUUCCUUCUUCGCCUUCUGUGUGAUCGGGCGGCAGUUUCUGGAGCCCCUGGACCCAGAGCAGGAUCAGGACCGGGAUCUGGAUCUGUACGUCCCUCUGACCACCCUCCUGCAGUUCUUCUUCUAUGCCGGCUGGCUGAAGGUCGCAGAACAGAUCAUUAACCCAUUUGGAGAGGAUGACGAUGACUUUGAAACUAACAAGCUGAUCGACAGGAACUUGCAGGUGUCCCUGCUCUCCGUGGAUGACAUGUACCAGAACCUGCCUCUGACAGGGAAGGACAAAUACUGGAAUGAAUCCACAGCUCAGCCGCCUUACACCAUUGCCACAGCUGCCGAGACCUUGAAGCCCUCCUUCCUGGGAUCCACCUUCGAUAUGCGGAUGAGCGACGACCCGGAGCAGAGCCAGCAGGUGGAGGCCUCACCCAGCCUGCCCCGCAUGCACACGCCCUUGCUCAACCGCUUCCUGACCGCAGCCGCCUCCCCCGCCGUCAGCCUGAAGAAUUUCGGGAGGAGCAACCGGGCCCACCACCACCUUUUGCGUCUGAGGGGCGAGGGCGGCUUCCCCUCUCCCAACCCCCGCCGCGGCGAGGACCCCGAAUUGGUGGGCCGCAUCGAGGAGGAAGAGACGGAAGAUGAGGCCAGCGAGCCCCCCACACCCGGCACCCGCCUCAAGGUACCCAGCCGGCUGGAAGCCUCACAGGGGCCUCGGAAGGAGAACCCCCAGAUCCGAGUGAGGCAGCCCUCCGACGAGAGCAUCGACAUUGACCAGUCGGCUGCCUAGAGGCAGCAAGCUCAGCGUGCCUCGUCACUCCACUCUCAGUGCGAGCUGCGCCCCCGGCAUCUGCCCUCUAGGCCUGGCAGCUCUUGGGAUAGUGCCGCCAGCUAAGGGCCUGAUCCAAAACCCACUGAAAUAAAGGGAAAGACUCCCCCUGGCUCAGUGGGCAUUGGAGCAGGUCCCUAGGGCCAGAAGCCAGACUGGAGUGAUGAGCUCAAAUGCAGCAAAGGGUUCGAUAAGGAUCAUGCUCUACAGAAAGCCCCAUCGCCAGUUCCCCAUCACAUCCCUCCGGUUGCCACAGCCCAACUGUUAGAUUCAGUGGGUGACAAAGAACCAAACUGAGGGACACAGGAGAAAUAUUCAUACCGGAAACUUAAAAUGCUGCGAGACACUUCCCAUGAGGGUAAAUAAAUCUCUCCCUAGCCUCAGCUGUGUGAUCCUUUGUUGCGGAUGUCAAUCGUUUUCAACAAUACAAACUCAGGGACAUCAAAUGUGUGUGGCACACAGGGAUCAGUCAGGCUAAAAUAAGACGGGCAAGAGGGAUUCUUGUCUGAAUCAUUCAGUCUUUCAGCUGGAGCCAUCAUUUGACUGACUUGCGCCUCCCUCACGCCUGCCUAGGCAUUUGUUAGGUUUGAGAGGGUAAGGUCAGAAGGGACCACUAUCUAGCAUGAGCACAUGCACCCGCCCACUAGCCUCACAACCAAAACGAGACUAAACGAUUACAGCCCACAGAUCGUAUUACAUGAUAUUUAAAAACAAACUUUUUAACCUGGUUUAAGCGAUUUGGCGUUUUUGUAAUGGGAUGAUGUAGUGAUCAGAACAAGUUCCAUGAAAAUCACACAGUGAUCACGGAUGAGAAAUCAAGCCUUCAAAAUUUGGAAAUGCAAAGUUCAGGAUGAAAAUCCUCCCCUCCCCCCGAGCUUAAAAUGGGCUAUUUUUCUAGCAUACAGCAUGGAAUACCCACCCCCCAAACCACAUAUCACUACACAGGUGAUAUGGCAGAGUCUUCUAAUGGGAUUUUGUAAAGUCUCAAUGAAAUCUACAAAAAACAAGCCAUGUUUGAAGAAAACUG